AUGACAGUCAUGACCGCUUUUGCAGAGCAGGCCACUGCCCAUGGCGUUGGAGGCUAUGACGGUCGCUCUGAGAGAGUCGAUCCUCUUUCUGCAAAGCAGGUCUGGCGGUCCUUUGAGCUGAAAGCUCUGAAUGCGCGUUUUGCUGGCGCCACCUCUGUGAAGGCGAGCAGUGACAGCGACUGUGUGGAGAUUGAGGUGGAUCUCUCCCACGUGCUGGAGAAGCCCCAAGGGUCGCUGGUCAUCGAAGUGCUCGUCCCCUCUGACUACCCGCAAGCCAGGCCGCAGCUGAGGGCGCGUGCCCUAAUUGGUGGCUUGGAGCCGCAGGUCGUGAAGGAGCUGGCCUGCUGCAUGGCAUCCGCGAUGGAGUCCGCGCUCGCGGUGAACGGUCCGGCGGUCUUCUUCUCCAUCGACCAGGCGGCGGCCUUCCUGAGAAAGAGCAAAGGCGCGACGCCCGUCGCGGAUGCUUUGUCGAGACAGCCAAAGGAGGCUGACAAGCGCCCUCGACGGCGCCGGCGACAACGAAAGAGGGCCUCGGUACUGCCCAUGUGCGAGAAGCGUCCGGCAGAGCCUCUGCCGAGCACUUCUUGUCCGCGCACCAAGGCGCUGGGAGGGGGCAGCCUGAGCAACGGCGUAAGCACCCCCUCCAACAUCUCGGACGCGUCGGAGUCCUCCACAUCCUCAUCCGACGAUGGAUCAUCCUCAUGUUCAUCGGGUGGAGUUUCGGAUGACGAGAUGAAGAACAUUGCGGCUGA